CACAAUCAACAGAAUAGAGACAGCGUUUCUUCCACAAAGCAGCUAGGUACAAUGGCAUCUUUUGAAGCACAGCAGGAAACCUUUGAUUGUUCAGAAUAUGGGAAUGGCUCUUGCCCAGAGAAUGAAAGAUCCCUAGGGGUCCGAGCUGCCAUGUACUCACUGAUGGCAGGAGCCAUAUUCAUCACAAUCUUUGGCAACCUGGCCAUGAUCAUUUCCAUUUCCUACUUCAAGCAGCUUCACACACCGACCAAUAUCCUUAUUCUCUCCAUGGCCGUCACCGACUUCCUUCUGGGAUUCACCAUCAUGCCAUAUAGUAUGGUCAGGUCAGUGGAAAACUGCUGGUAUUUCGGGCUUACGUUUUGCAAGAUCCAUUACAGCUUUGACCUGAUGCUUAGCAUAACGUCCAUUUUCCACCUUUGCUCGGUGGCCAUCGAUAGAUUUUAUGCCAUCUGUCACCCUUUGCAUUAUUGCACCAAAAUGACUAUUCCAGUCGUUAAGCGGCUGCUGCUCGUCUGCUGGUCAGUCCCUGGGGCGUUUGCCUUUGGGGUGGUCUUCUCAGAGGCUUAUGCUGAUGGAAUCGAAGGCUAUGACAUUUUGGUUGCAUGUUCCAGUUCCUGCCCAGUCAUGUUCAACAAGCUAUGGGGUACCACCUUGUUUGUAGCAGGUUUUUUUACUCCUAGCUCGAUGAUGGUGGGGAUUUACGGCAAAAUUUUCACUGUAUCCAAAAAGCAUGCUCGUGUAAUUGACAACUUGCCAGAAAAUCAAAAUAAUCAAAUGAGGAAGGACAAAAAAGCAGCCAAAACUUUAGGGAUAGUGAUGGGCGUUUUCUUACUGUGUUGGUUUCCGUGUUUCUUCAUGAUCCUGUUAGAUCCGUUUCUGAAUUUCUCUACGCCUGCAGUUCUGUUUGAUACCCUAACAUGGUUCGGUUACUUUAAUUCCACAUGUAAUCCCUUAAUUUAUGGUUUCUUCUACCCUUGGUUUCGUAGAGCACUCAAGUACAUUUUGCUGGGUAAAAUUUUCAGCUCUCAUUUCCAUAAUACUAAUUUGUUUACUCAAAAGGAAGCAGAAUAGACUUGAUCUGUACUAGUCAUCAAAGACUGGCACUCAAAGAAUGAAAUUGCUUCAAGGGGCUUAGGAGACUGAGGAGGACCGGC